AUGGCGUCUCUCCAUGGUAAGGUGAUAUCUAUUACCGGCGCCGCUUCGGGCAUUGGCCUGGCGCUUGCUCGUUUGGCGGGUGCUCGCGGAGCCAAAUUGGCAUUGGCUGAUAUCCAAGCGGAACCAUUGCAAAAGCUGGUUGAAGAAUUAAAAGCUGCGGGUACAGAUGUAAUCGGCACGACCCUAAAUGUAACCUCUAAUCAAGAUGUCGAUGAUUGGAUUGCUGGGACGGUCAAGCACUUCGGACGGCUAGACGGCGCUGCAAAUAUUGCCUGCGUCACGAGCAAGGAGGCAGAGUAUCCUCAUCUGACAGAGGUGUCCAACGAGGAGUGGGAAUAUGUGAUGGGCAUUAACACGACUGGCCUCUUCUAUCUUUUAAGAGCUCAGCUACGCGUCAUGAAAGAAGGCGCGUCAAUUGUCAACGCGUCAAGUGGGACUGGACUGGUUGGCCGGCCGGGAAUGGCCGCGCACUCGGCCAGCAAGCACGCUGUAAUUGGUCUGACAAAAUCUGUUGCCAAAGAAUACGGGUCGAAGGGUAUCAGGGUCAAUGCCGUUGCACCGCAAGUCGGAGGCACGAUCAAAACUCCAAUGUUGGCUAGGGUGUAUGGGGAGACUAAAGAGGAGUUAAAAUCAAUGUUCCCUAUCCCGCUAGCUCGGUUUGGCAAACCCUCUGAAGUAGCAACGCUGUUUGCUUUUUUGCUGAGUGGUGAUUCGAGUUAUAUCACAGGGACUGUGAAUACUGUUGAUGGGGGCUCCCUCGCUUGA